AGAUUUUAGACUCGCACGGCGUAUAUAGGCGCAAACGUGUACCGCGCAUCAAUGACGAAACGAUUAUUUUCAUAAUAAUAACAUCAAUCAUUCAUUCAAUGUAUACAUGUAGUUUUUAGUGCUGCACGAAUAGACUCACAUACACGUCGAUGAUACCAGCUGAUAAAGUGCAAGAGUUAAUACGCCCGCCGUUGAAGUUUUUUUAUUGACGUUCUUCAAGUGAGUCAACGAUGCUGUAGGAAGCAUUUCAAAUGAAGAACGAAGCAGCGAAGUAUUAUACAGCUUCGUAGUAACUAGCAUAAAAGCCGAUAUUGAAUUUCUUACCAGUGAUGUGAACGAUUUCGACAUCAACUUAUAAGAAUUAGCAUUGCACUACACGCUCACUUGCAUUAGCUAAUACAGGUGGCACGUGUAAACCGUGCUUUUGGUCUUUUUCUUUUUCAAGAUGAAGCUCCAAUUUGUACUGGUUAAUCUUUUGUUGAUAGUCGGCUUCGCGACUGCUCGAAUCCACAAAUUUGACAUCAAAAAUGAUGUUCGUCGAUUUAUAUCGCUUAGCACCUUUGGCUUUUAUAAAAAUGGCAUUUUGGACGUAAAUUUGAUCAAUUUCAAAGCAAAUCCAUUCAAUGACAAUGAUGUUUAUGGUUUUAGUCUUGAUAGGACUUUAAGCGAUGCCUUGAACCCGUACCUGGAUAGUCAUGACCAGUGUGUUCUACAAGGUGGCGUCCCUUAUUCUGUAAAAUAUGAUUAUGAUCUAAAGGAUGAGACUGCUGUUAUAUAUUUUACUUUUGACUUGAAACAUUUGCAACUCAAGGUGAAUUGCAGUAGCAAUGUACACUCUGUCCACAUAUACAGAAGUUCUUCUGAAAUCCGAAAGGCUCAAGAUUUAAAAAAUGCUCAAUCUGGAAUUUUAAGUGAUACUGCCCUAUUUCCACGUAAAAAGAGAGAUUCCUUACCUCAUGAUAUUCAAUCAGUUAAUUCUGGGAAAUCAGGAACAAAUAAUCAGGAAACGAGUGCUUGCGUUUUAACAUUACCAAUGACAGUUAAAGAAGUGCAAGGUGAGAAAUUAUACAACACUAGUUUUGCUAUGUACGUAGCAAAUGAAGAAGAGGAAGGAUUAUACAAUUUGUACUUCCAUAAUUGCCCAAAUUACAAUCGCAGAGUUACCGUUGAUUUUUCAAUGGAAAUCAAAGAGAUUAAUGAAGAUAACUUCUUGAGUGCUGGAGAAAUGCCUUUACCAGAACUAUAUUUCAUGAUGGCUUUGCUAUUUUUCUUAUCAGGAUGUUUCUGGGUUUUUUUCAUCUUAAGAAAGAGCAAAAAUCCAGUUUUUAAAAUUCAUUAUUUGAUGGCAGUUCUUGUUUAUUUGAAGUCAUUAUCUCUGUUGUUCCAUGGAAUCAAUUUUCAUUUCAUUCAAACUAAAGGGGAACAUGUUGCAGCAUGGGCUAUUCUUUAUUAUAUAACUCAUUUGUUAAAAGGAGCUGUUUUAUUCAUUACAAUUGUUCUUGUGGGUACUGGUUGGACGUUCAUCAAACACAUCUUAGCUGAUAAAGACAAAAAAUUAUUUAUGAUUGUCAUACCUCUUCAAGUUUUGGCAAAUGUUGCUGAAAUUAUCAUAGAAGAAAGCGAAGAAGGUGAUAUUGAACACAAGAGGUGGCGUGAUGUGUUUAUUCUUGUUGAUUUAGUAUGUUGUGGUGCAAUCAUGUUUCCAGUAGUAUGGAGCAUCCGACACUUGCAGGAAGCUGCGCAUAUGGAUGGAAAAGCUGCUGCUAAUUUACGUAAACUAAAACUGUUUAGGCACUUUUAUAUCAUGAUUGUGUGCUACAUUUAUUUUACAAGAGUUAUAGUAUACUUGUUAAAAAUAACUGUGCCAUUUCAAUACAAAUGGUUGGAUGAAAUGUUUAGAGAAAUGGCUACAUAUGUAUUUUUCGUGUUAACCGGUUACAAAUUCAGACCAGCAUCCGCUAAUCCUUAUUUCACUCUAUCACCCGAAGAACUGGCUCAAGGCGACGAUGACGAUGAAAACGAUGUCGUUUUAUUUUCCAGUGUGUCAGGUGGUAGUGGACUAACUGAAGGUCUCAGCAAAGUAAAAGUAGUGAAAAAUAGACCUUUGAUAUCAGAAGUACCAUCGACUGAAGAAGAAAGAGACAAUCUAAUUAGCAAAAGGGAAUCAUCUCUUGAGUAUGAUUAAACCUUUUUCUACUAUUUCAAUAUGAAUGUGAUUGUUUGCAUUGAUUAUUUGUGAGAGAAGAUUUGAUUUAAGUUUUAAAAAUGUUUUGAAAUUUUGGUGAGCUUAAUGAUAAAAUACUGCUACUUACACACCACAACAUUUUUUGUAAGUAGUGAUUUUUACAAACUCUGAAUUGUAGAAUUGCUGGUGUAUAUUUUAACAAUGUAUUAUAAAAACUAACUCAGUGUAGCUCCAAAGGAUGAAUAUCAGUUUACUAUAUUUGAAGAAUAUGAAACUGAAUCAACCUUCUGAGUGAUAUUGAACUUAACUUUUUUUUUUGUAAUGUCAAUAUUUUUCAAAGUAUAAUUUCAAAUUUAACAUGAUUAUGAAUUACAGUCUAUUGGUUCAUGUACAAUAUCAAGAAUACCUGAAUCGACGAGGGUAAUAAUGAUUUGCCAAAAACCCUGUGAGUCAUAAAAGUACUGUAAUGAGUACCAUAAUCAACAAUAUUUUUUCAUAAAAAUGAAAGUUAAGGAUAAUAAUAGGAUUAAUGUACAACACAUUUAUAUCGUAAAGCCUAAUUCUGAAACGCAUUAAUUUUUUAGCAUGUAAAAAAGACCAAAAUAACAUUUAUGCUGUAAAUUGUGAUGUAUUCUUUGUAAAUAAGUAAUUAUAUUUCGCAUAAUAAGUACUUUUAUUCAACGUUACAAGUAUGAAUUUUUUAAUGAUUGUAGUUUAAGUGUAUUAAGAGCAAUAAUGUGCUACACUAUACUUUGAAAAUAAACGAAAAUAGGAUCAA